UGCAGCAGAGCCUGGGGCCAGCUGAAACAUGUCAGGCAAACAGGGCAGUGAGACAGGGAGGAGCCUUUUCAGUUCUGUUUAUUCCCUGUCUCUGCUCAUUAAUGCUCCGUGGAGGAAACUCGGCAUCUGCCCUUUGCUGAGAUUUCAAUCCCGCCGAAUGCCUUUGCCAUUCGUGGGAUGCCUGGUGCUGGCUUCUUACCUGGCGUGCGGCUGAGCAAGCAGACGUGGGGGCAGGUGCCUAAUGAGGCCAUGCUGGGGCAUUAACAUUGUUCUUAGAGACGUGAAGAAAUGUAUUUCACGUGUUUGCACACCCAGACAGAUGGCUUUUUCUCCUGUUUGCUGAGCGGCCAGCGCUGGCGCGGGAGCUGCUAGGCAGAGACAUUUGUGGAACUUGUUGCUCACGGUUGUCUGAGGACAGGCCGUCCCAGCGCCGUGGCCGCGGCAGCCCUGGGAGGCGGCAGCCCCGGGCCUCGGGGCUGCUGCAGAAAUCACAGGGGAUUUUUUUCCCCCAGGGAGCACACAGCCCCCAGAUGGUCUCCGCAUUUCUAACCCCAAACAAGUGCUUCAUAAAUAAUGUUCUACUAAUAACAAAUACCAAAGGAAUUAAUUAUAAUCCCGCUAUUAUUUCCCAGUGUUCCCACUUUAUUAGGAACAUUAAUGCUGCUCGAAUGAGCUGUUCUGGAGGCACAUCUGGCUUACACAUGAGCACCUGAUGAGAUCCGUAUGAUCCACGCUCCCACAGCAGAUGCCCUACAAGGCCGCUGCUGUCGGCAGCUUCGGCCUGCAUUGAUGCCGUCCGCAGUAACGCUGGGUUUCUGUUCCAUUGUAGGUGCGCAGCGUGAUGUCCAUGCUGUACCACGCUCUGAUCGUAGCUCUCUGGGUUGGCGCACAGGCAGCACCGCAGCUGGAGGACAGUGCCCCAUGGGGGUGUCCUGCAGGAGCCACCACGCCAGGCACCCCCCGGACUACAGCACAGCAGGGUCCCCAGCCUGCUCCGCACAGCCCCCCGAAGGCCGACCGCAGGGACGCCGGGCCCGCGGCCAAUGUCACCGUGGAUCCCAAGCUGUUCAGGAAGCGGCGGUUCCGGUCCCCUCGGGUCCUGUUCAGCACGCAGCCCCCGCCCCUGUCGGGGGGCAGGCACAGCACAGAGCCCGCGCACAGCACGCACCCCCACAACAGGACGAUGCGAGCCAAGCGGAUGGCCCACCCCGUGCUGCACCGCGGGGAGUUCUCGGUGUGUGACAGCGUCAGCAUGUGGGUUGGGGACAAAACCACAGCCACGGACAUCAAAGGCAAGGAGGUGACAGUGCUGGGAGAGGUGAACAUUAACAACAAUGUUUUCAAGCAGUACUUUUUUGAGACCAAGUGCAGGGACCCCAAGCCAGUGUCCAGUGGGUGCCGGGGGAUCGACGCAAAGCACUGGAACUCCUACUGCACCACGACACACACCUUUGUCAAAGCGCUGACCAUGGAAGGCAAGCAGGCUGCCUGGCGGUUCAUCCGGAUCGACACCGCCUGCGUGUGCGUGCUCAGCCGGAAGUCAGGACGACCCUGACACGGAACAAGCCUGGUGACCACAUCCUCCCACCCCCCUACCUCAGCCUGUAAAUUAUUUUAAGUUAUAAGAAUUGCAUGGUAUAUUUAUAGUUUAUACAUUAAAAAGAGAUCCUCGUUAUUUAUUAAACAUUUUGGGAAGCCCUCCGUGUGCUGUACGCUUUGUUGAGUGCCAUGACAAGCCCCUGGGAGACGCUCAGCUGAGUCCCAGCAGGCGCGGCAGUCUCUGCGCAUACGUGUACAGCCAUUGAGAUCAGCCAGGUCUGUGAAAAGGAAAUGUUUUGCAGCGUUCACCGUUUUUCCCCUCUCUCCUGUGUAAAAAGCUAGUUUUCCCAGGCAAAACCUGCUGUUCCAUGGUGAAAAAUUGUGAUGUUGGGUCUAGAGAUAAAAUGCUUUUGUCCAAUUCAUAAAAGCUUGGAAAAACCUACCGAGGAAUUUCCAGCUGAACGAGAUUCGACAAGUCGGCCCAGGGGACCCAAUCCUGCCCCAGGGAUCUGUCGUGCACAGCACAGUAGCGCUUUGUGCCGCUGUGGAAAUCUCAGAGUAAAACUCUCAGGGGAGCUGAGGAAGUUGCCAAAUUCGU